UGACCAUGUAUAGGCAUUCAGAGCACUCCUGUCAUCGCUAUAGGUUAUGCAGAAUAGUGCACUGGCUGAAGAUUGUGGCCAAAAGCAACGAUCAUUGUGAAGAUAUAAGACUGUUACUUUAGUAUUUACUCGGUUGACUGGACAUGGCAGGGAAGGAAGAGUGGCAGAGAUUAGCUGACAUCAUCCAACAUUGGAACAAUACCCGACUGGACCUGUUUGAGAUCAGUCUGCCAUGCAAGAACUUAGAGUUCCAUGGAGUGAUGCGGUUCUACUUUGAGGACCAUGUUGCAGGGAACGUUGCCACCAAGUGCCUGCGUAUCAGCAGCACCACCACCACUGGAGAGGUUAUUGAAACACUGUCAGAGAAGUUCAGACCGGACAUGAAGAUGUUGAAUACUCCCUAUUUCCUGUUUGAGGUCCAUGCUAACAAGGAAGAACGGCAGCUGGACCUGAGUGAAAAGCCUCUGGUUGUGCAGCUGAACUGGAACACACACAACAGGGAGGGCCGCUUCGUACUCAAGAAGGAUAAGGACAUUAUUGUACAUGACAACAGCCCAGAGAAAAAGAAGGGAGGCAUGAUCCAGAACUUCAAGAGGACACUGUCGAGGAAAGAGAAGAAGAAGGAGAAGAAGAAGACGGGAGAUGAUGCUGUUAACCACUCGGCAAAGCCUAAUGGGUCCACUAUGAGGAAAGAGAAUGGGCAGAUAUCAGCUUCUGUACCUGUGGAGAAGUCCUGGACCAACAAGGAUAUUGUUUCUAACCCUGACACAACAGAAUGCAAGAAAAGUUCCACAUGGCGAGGCAUGGUCCGGAAGCAUAACCAGCAACAAGACUAUAGAACAAGGAAUGAAAGAGAUCAGGACAACAUGGACCAACUUGCACUUCCAGUUGGUAUUAAAUUCAGGGAAAAUUCUGAGGACCCCUUCCUCUCUGCAGUCAUCAACUACACCAACAGUUCCACUGUCCACUUCAAGCUCUCCCCUGCCUACGUCCUGUACAUGGCCGGACGCUUCGUCCUCCACCGCCAUUAUAGUCACAGUCAGGAGACAUCACAGAGUCAUCGCCCCUCAGAGCACGCACACAGAGUCACCGCUACUGUCAACAAGAUGGUAGCCAUGACUGAGGUGGUCAUCCAGAAGCAGAAGUCCAUAGCUGGUGCUGUAGCCUUCUGGAUGGCCAAUGCCUCAGAGCUCCUGAACUUCCUAAAGCAGGACAGAGAUCUAAGCCCCAUCACUCUGCAGGCUCAGGAGAACCUGGCACACCUGGUGUACAAAGCUUUCAAGUGUUUGACUCAGUGUCUGCUGGCUGAUCUGAGCAGACACUUGCCAGAAUUCCUUAUUUAUCCUGAGGGGAGUCAAUCACCUGCAGGAAUAGAGGGCGUACUGCAAACCUUGAUGGGUGCCAUGUCUCUGCUGCGUCGCUGUCGAGUCAACGCUGCCCUCACCAUCCAGCUGUUCUCCCAACUCUUCCACUCCAUCAGUGCCUGGCUCUUCAACAGGCUGCUGAGCCCCAGCCCCCAGGGAGAGGCCUGCUCCCUGGGCCUUAGGUCCCACUACUGGGGGGCAACAAUCCGCCAGAGGCUUAGCCUGGUUGAGGACUGGGCAGAGAGGCAAGGUCUGGAGCUCGCCGCAGACUGCCACCUCAGCCGCAUCAUACAGGUAACAAUGCUGUUGACCAUGAACAAGUAUUCCAUGCAAGAUUCGGAGAACAUCCAGAAUACCUGCUUCAAGUUAAACUCCUUGCAGCUUCGAACACUGAUGACAAGCUACCUCUACGAUACCAACGAGCCCCGCAUUGCCCCUGGUGUGAUUGACAGGGUGGUGGCGGCUGCAGAAGCCAGUGCUGAUGAAAUGUUGCGUAAUGAAGGGCAGGACCUCCAGCUGGAGGAGGGGCCAGACCUCCACCUGCCCUUCCUGCUCCCUGAGGAAGGCUACUCCUGUGACACGGUCAAUGGCAUCCCGCAGGGCUUCAGAGAGUUCCUGGAACCUAUCUGCCGCAAAGGCCUCUGCACUCUGAUGUCUCACCCCCAGUCUGGUGGCACCUGGACCAUCUUCUUCAACCGAGCAAACAGUUUCUUUGCACAGGACGCAAACCCGCCACUGCAUAGAGAACUUGAGGUUGUGACUAUUACACUGACGAAACCCUUGAACAGUGGAAUGGGGGUCAGCAUCGUGGCGGCCAAGGGAGCAGGACAAGACAACCUUGGGAUUUACGUCAAGUCUAUCGUCAAAGGAGGACCAGCAGAAAUGGAUUGCAGGUUAACUGUUGGGGAUCAGUUGCUGUGUGUGGAUGGACACAGUCUCGUGGGCCUCUCACAGGAAAGGGCAGCAGGCAUAAUGAUGCACACUGGGCCAGUUGUGACUUUACAGGUUGCCAAGCAGGGGGCAACAUGCCAUGGUCUGGCUGCCUUGCUAGAUGAACCACCUUCAGUAUCAACUACAGCUUUGGAUGGUAGUGGCCCCACCAGCAGCAGCCAUGCUAAGCUGAACUGCAAGGCCCCGAUUGUGUAUGAUGGCAUGGAGCAGAGCUCUGGGCCCUCAGGACUAUGGGGUAAUAACUCCCAUGGAGGGAACAGGAGACAGAGAGAACAGACCCUGCUGAAGAACAGACAGCUAUACCGCUCCAACCCUAACAUGAUCAGCCCAGAAGGAGAACCAGUUGACCCAGCCAUCCUAACAGACAGUAAAAUCACUGCAGUCUCCACCAGCAACCUUCUGUGCUCUGAUAUGUACCAAAGGGAAUACCUGACUCUACCAGCCCCUAGGUCUCAGGACAAGAAGACAGUAGCCUUUGAACUCCCACCUCAGGAGCCCAGAGUCUCGUUUAAUCUAGAUGGACAGAUCUCCAACAAGAGGACCUUGAUGCGGCAGGCCCUUUCACAGGAGAAUUUGUGCAUGGAGAAUGAUCGUCCCCUAGUGGACAAUAUACACAAUGCAUGGAACCAGAACCAGCAGGAAAGCUACUACACCUCUUUUCCUAUGAAGCCUAGCAUCUCUACCCACGACAUACAUUACAAUCAUACUGUCAGCCUUUCCACUAAGACCCAACCGAGCCGCCACAACACAGGGUAUGGCUACUGGAGAACUCCUACGUCACACGACCCUUCGUCUGCCAUCCAGCCAAUACACAUAGACAUCCCUGCUACACGGCUUUCCAACACCCAGCCGCGCAGUCCAAUGACUACCUUCCAACAAACUCCCACUCUACUGCCCGUGAAGUUGAACCAAAACCCUGAGGGUAAAGGCCAGGGACAAGCCCUCCUCAGCAAUCAAAAACAGGGGUCUCAUUAUCAACUGCCAGCCCAGCAUCGCCAAGCUACAUGUCCUCCUCCAUCCUCUGUGUCCAUGAGGCAACCUCAGCCCUCACUCUCAUCCUCACAGAAGAUCCAACAACAACAAGCCUCGAGGAGGGUGCAAACAGCGACGUCCCAACUGUUCCCAACCCAGUCAAAAGACACAUCCCUCCAGAGACCUCCAGCUAAACCACAACCAGGGACCACCCCAGGACAUCAGGACCAAUACUUCAGCAUGAAUAAAGAGCCACCAUCAGAAGGCAACACAAGUCUGUCUCCAGACCCAUGGAAGAGGGAUGCACGGGAGAAGCAGCAGAAGCAGCAGAGACUACAGGUGGUCGACCUGUUGGAACAGGAGAUCCAGGAUCUGCAGGCUAAAGCCCAGCUCACACCAGAGGAGACCGACAGGCUCCGUAGGCUCAACCUGGAGUGGCAAUUUCAACAGAGACUGCAGGAGUUCCAACAGAAUGGAAACGAUGAUGAUGAUGAGGAUGAUGACGAAGAAGAAGAUAGAGACACGUCAACAGGAGAAAAUGUUCAAGAGUCGAAUGGACUCAACGUAAACUUUGAUGAGAAGUGCUCGAAGGAAGGCCAGGAAGAGAACAACUUCAAAGGUGACGCAACACCUGAGAAUCUCACAUUUAAGGAGCGCCAACGUCUCUUCUCCCUCGGAUCAAACGCCUCCAUCAAAGUCAAAGCCUUGUAAGAUGAGGAUCCUGAGAAUAUGGCCUUAACAUUCGGUCAAGGCUCGUCGAUCAAGGCUCGACCUUUUUAUAAGCUACAGUAGAAACCAAUUGGAAGAUAUUAGAAUUGAUAUUAUAAUCUAUAUUCUGUAGAAAAAUGUGGACUAUCUUUGUGAUUUCUCGGCAUAUUUACUUCUCUUUUCUCCUAAUAGAUCUUUACACUUAGACUGUCGAAUGCACAUGUUCAUGUUUUUCUGUUAUGUGUUUACUUAAAUGAAAACUUGAUUCAUUUUUUGGGAAAAUGUACAACAGCAGUCAUGGUAUACAGUCACGGUACAUCACAUGAGGCUGCUGAGGGGAGGACGGCUCAUAAUAAUGAUUGUAAUGGAGAGAAUGGAAUGGCAUCAAACACAUGGAAACCGUGUGUUUUAUGUGUUUGAUACCGUUCCACUUAUUCAGCCUCAGCCUUUACCACGAGUAUGUCCUCCCAAAUUGAGGUGCCACCAACCUCCUGUGCCGUACUCCUCCUUUACAACUCAGGACAUCCUACUUGUAUGAAUAGUUCACUAUGUUUAGGGGUGACUCCACAAGAGUCCAUGUGUACAGUAAUCUGAGCCCUCCUGAUCUCAUCGGUGCCUGAGAUUUUCCUGGUCUUUGCCAGCAUGGUUCCUGUCCUGCCAUGGCCAUGAAUACAGUAGACAGCUACCCCCUACAGCAGAGAGAAGUACACAUGGUUGAGUACAUAAGUAAACAUACAGAAGGCUAUGCGUUUAUACACAUCACUGUUUGAGAAUAAUUAGCCUGUUCACUGUCCAGACCUGUCACAUUGAAAUCAGUGGUUAAUGUUAAUUUAGCUUCAUGUGUCAGAAAUAAGAACCCCUUUGAUGUAUUGACUGAAUAAUGGGUUACUAAAUACUUUUUAACUGAAUCCUUAUAUAGCCUUUUGCAUUUAUUCCUCCACAAUGGACAUAAACCUCAGAAUCUUCUUUGGAGUUGGUAAGGUUUAGGAGCUUUUCUCACACAAGCACACCAGGUGUCGUAUGCAAUUGUCCAGUAGGUACAGGUAAUAGGAAGUAAUUUGUGGGAGUGCCAAUCUGGCCAAUUUGAUAGGUCGACCCAGGAAAAAUUGGGGGAUGGACUACAGUCAAUCUGAAAAUAGUGUGAAAUGUAGAUAUUGUUUUACCAUCCAAUAGUGUUAUAUAUUCACAGCUACAGUGCCUUCAGAAAGUUUUCACACCCCUUGACUUUUUCCAAAUGUUGUUGUGUUACAGCCUGAAUUUAAAAUGGAUUAAAUUGGGAUUUUGUGUCACUGGCCUACCAGAAUACUCUAUAAUGUCAAAGGAAUUCAGUUUUUCGAAAUGUUUACAAAAUCAUUAAAAGUGAAACGCGGAAAUGUCUUAAGUCAAUAAAGUAUUCAACCCCUUUGUUAUGGCAAUCCUAAAUCAGUUCAGGAGUAAACAUCUGCUUAA